CUCAGAAAUCGGCUCUCGGUUACUCAAUUAUAGAUUAGUCAGAGUGGUGCCCGCAGUUUGGUGUGUGCGUGUGUGAUAUGGAAGGGAGAGAGAGAGAACGAUAAGAGAGAGAGAAACAGAGAGAGAGAGAGUUGUGUAAUCUGUCCAUUUUGUAUCGUUAUUUUUCUCCCCUUCAGGCCCCCCGGCUGCCAGACGUCACACCAGUUUAAAACAAGGACAAAAAAAGUUGUCGGGUGAACGAGAGAAAAAAACCUCUGAAACCCUUCCCCGAUCCGAAUCCAGGGAGGAGUGGGUGAGUGUGACAGAACGAGGGGGACCGAGAGAGAGAGCACGCGAAGGAACCCUCUCUCACAAACACACAGAAGACACAGCGGUUGUUCUGACUAUCACCGAAAGGAACGGAUAAUAACUCACCCCGGGAAUCAACAAAAACACAUAUACGGUGGUCAGAAAGUCGUUACCGGAGGGGGAAUACUUCAGGGCGAGGCCACCGAGAGAAUGCGUCUCAGGUUUCUGUGCAGGAUUUAUGUGCUGUGGGGUUUUGUGGCAGUCACAUCCUCUCUGACCAAGGCUGAGAAGAAAAAGGCGACGGGCAGAAGAUCUCGGCAGGUGGACAAUAGUCCGGAGGGGGUGUGGUCUGCCUGGGAGGAGUGGUCAGGAUGUUCUCAGAGCUGUGGAGUGGGCGUGUCACAGAGAACCAGAAAGUGUGAAGCCCCUCCCCGUCCCCUAACUCCUCCCCUCUCCCACUCUCCUCCAAACUGGGGAGGUUCAUCAUUCCUCUCAGGGAGGGCCGGGGGUCCCAACCAUGGCUCUGUCAUCUCCGCCAUGCGCCCCUUCUACCCCCCUCAUUACUCUAGCAACCAGCCAUCCCAGUACGGGGGAGGAGGUGGGGGAGGGACAGAGAGACAGCCAGCCCCCUUCUAUCCCCCCUCACUCCUAUCAUCCAAUCAGAACCCAGGACUGUCUCUCUAUCGGGACACUCCUAUAGGAGGAGGGGCAGGAGCUGUGCCAGCGCAGUCCUCCAAUCCCACAUCUCCCCUCUAUCGCCCGGAAUUCUCAUCACCCAAUCAGGAGCCAGGUUCUGUUUACCGCUCCCCCUCAUUUCCUGCCCCCCCAUCCAGCUACAGCCAACCAGCACAGGCCGCCCGCCGGCCAGCCAAUCCUGGAACAGGGAGGGCGGGAGGAAGUGGGAGCAGAAGGUCAGUGUUGCCCAAUAGGGGGGCUCUGCCUGCUAGUAGGUCCUCUUCUAUCCGUCCGGGUCAGUUUGGUUACGGCAGGGUUCCCUUCUCUCUGCCAUUACACCGGCAGGCCCGCCACACUGAGCACGGCAAUGCUACCAUAGCAACCCUGGUACUAGAGACAGAGGGGCAGGAGGGAACUGUUGUUAACAUUGACCAAAUGGACAGAUCCGGAGAAGAGAAGAGGAGGGGAGAGAAGGAGAGGGAGGGAGGCAAAAACCACAAAGGGAAUAGGGGAGAGAGGGAGCAUGAGAGGAGAGAGGAGGAAAGGAAGACAGAGGGGGAGAGUACGGAGUCACCUGUCGCUAAGGCAUUAAUAACGACAACUAUAGCUAAACCAGAAAGGAAUGGACAGAGGGACACGGACACUCACAGACAGAUGGACAGACAGAGACAAGCUGCUGCGGAGCGAGGGAGGGAGAGAGGGAGAGAAAGAGAGAGAGUGCCCUCGACACUUCCUCACUCACACAGGCCAUCUCCCUUCCAGCCCAACCACGACAGAAUCAUUGACAGACGCGCCCCUCCUCCCCUCCCCCCUCUGCCUCACCCCUACUCCCCCUCUCUUUCUCACCCCUACUCCCCCCCUCUCCACCGCUCCUCCCCCCAGCACAGAGAGAGAGAGUCCCCCUAUGGGUUCAACCUUCAGGUCCAAUCACCUCACCCUGGACCCCCCCAACCCAACAUCUACCCCCUGCAACAUCAGCAGCACCCCCACCCCCUGGCCGAGGGGGAGACAGGGGGACAGAGAUUACCCCCCCAGAACUACAGGUGUUCGGGAGCAGAGCAUGAGUAUCGUCGGUGCUUCUCACAGGUAUGUGUAGGAGGUGCAGACUCCAGAGCAGAGCAGUGUGCUUCCUACAACAACCAGGAGUUUAUGGGCAGACUGUACGACUGGGAACCUUUCACUGAGGGACCUGAGCCCUAGGACCAUGCGUCAGGACUACCUGGCAUGAUGACUCCUUGCUGUCCCCAGUCCACCUGGCCUUGCUUCUGUUCCAGUUUCAACUGUUCUGCCUGCGGCUAUGGAACCCUGACCUGUUCACCGGACGUGCUACCUGUCCCAGACCUGCUGUUUUCAACUCUCUAGAGACCGCAGGAGCAGUAUAGAUACUCUUAAUGAUCGGCUAUGAAAAGCCAACUGACAUUUACUCCUGAGGUGCUGACUUGCUGCACCCUCGAUAACUACUAUGAUUAUUAUUAUUUGACCAUGCUGGUCAUUUAUGAACAUUUGAACAUCUUGGCCAUGUUCUGUUAUAAUCUCCACCCGGCACAGCCAGAAGAGGACUGGCCAACCCUCAUGGCCUGGUUCCUCUCUAGGUUUCUUCCUAGGUUUUGGCCUUUCUAGGGAGUUUUUACUAGCCACCGUGCUUCUACACCUGCAUUGCUUGCUGUUUGGGGUUUUAGGCUGGGUUUCUGUACAGCACUUUGAGAUAUCAGCUGAUGUAAGAAGGGCUAUAUACAUACAUUUGAUUUGAUUUGAUGGAGGGAUUGUGCAUUCCUGGUGUAACUCGGGCAGUUGUUGCCAUCCUGUACCUGUCCCGCAGGUGUGAUGUUCAGAUGUACCGAUCCUGUGCAGGUGUUGUUACACGUGGUCUGCCACUGCGAGAACGAUCAGCUGUCCAUCCUGUCUCCCUGUAGCGCUGUCGUAGGUGUCUCACAGUACGGACAUUGCAAUUUAUUGCCCUGGCCACAUCUGCAGUCCUCAUGCCUCUUUGCAGCAUGCCUAAGGCACGUUCACGCAGAUGAGCAGGGACCCUGGGCUUCUUUCUUUUGGUGUUUUUCAGAGUCAGUAGAAAGGCCUCUUUAGUGUCCUAAGUUUUCAUAACUGUGACCUUAAUUGCCUACGGCCUGUAAGCUGUUAGUGUCUUACCAACUGUUCCACAUGUGCAUGUUCAUUAACUGUUUAUGGUUCAUUGAACAAGCAUGGGAAACAGUGUUUAAACCCUUUACAAUGAAGAUCUGUGAAGUCAUUCAGAUUUUUACUAAUUAUCUUUGAAAGACAGGGUUCUGAAAAAGGGAUGUUUCUUUUUCUGCUGAGUUUAUAAAAGUUAGCAUUGUGGUAUUGACGUUAGGGUGUGCAGGUGGGUUUUUUCUUUUUUUGCAGCUCUCAUCCCCUCUCUGAGUACUCGUCCUCCCCACUUCCUGUCUCACUCCCUCUCUCUUUCUCUCUCUCCAGAGUUUGUUUAGAGCCAGCGAUAGCCGGGAAGUAUAUUUAGACUACGUAUGUUCACACUGUCUGAACACUAAGCUCAGCAGAGAGGGAGAGAGGGAGGGAGUUUGAGUAGACAGAGCGAUGGACAGAGAGAUGGACAGAGUGAUGGACAGUGAUGGACAGAGUGAUGGACAGAGGGAGGACAGAGGGAGG